AUGCGCUACGCAAUCGCAACUACUCUCCCAAGCCUGCUUCUACCUGGAGUCUUAUCUUCUCCCGUUUGCUCUUCGCCCAAAGUACAUGAGAUUGUUGAGAUCCCGGAUGUAUGGAUCGAAAACACCGCCAUUCGAUCCAACGGCAACCUCCUCCUCAACACAAUUGGAGACGGAAAACUUUACUCUCUGAACGUGUCUCAGUCUCCUCCUAAACCUCAAGUCAUUGCCCGUUUCGAAAAUGUCAAUGCUCUAUUCGGCAUUGCCGAGGUUGGUAAUGAUGUCUUUGCAAUCACUGGAGGUGAUUACGGUGCAAAGUUUCAAAAUGACACCAUGAGCCUCUCUCUUGUCCAGUUCGUUGGCAACAAAACAUCUGUUCGCACCGUUUUUGAAAAAUCCAAAUAUGGUCCAGUUAAUGGCGUUACGGCACUCCCCGAUCACAAGCACAUCAUCCUUGGCGCUGAUUCAGUGCGGGGAGAGAUUCUACGGAUCGAUACCACUACUGGCCAUAUCGACGUCGCCAUCAAGCACGAUCAGCUCGGACCAAUUCCAAAUGGACCUUUUGGUCUAGGUGUCAACGGCAUAAAGAUCCUCGGAGACUAUCUCUACUUUACCAACAGCGCUCGUCAGAGCUUUGGAAGAAUCAAAAUUGAUAAACUGGGUAACCCGAUUGGCAAGAUUAAGGUCAUUUCCCAGGAGCAGUCAGAAAAGGGCCCGGCCUAUGCCCCUGAUGACUUUGUAUUGGAUAAAUACGGCAAUGCUUACGUCGCAUUUUGGGAUGGUAGUCUCGUAAAGAUUACCACCAGUGGUCAGAGGACUGUUCUCGUGGAUGAUGGUCUGCUCGCCGGUGCCACAAGUGUCGCUUUAAGCAAGGAUCAGAAGAGUUUGUAUGUUUGUACGGCUGGCCAGGGUAUUGAUAAAGUUUCCGGUGGACAAGUAGUUGAAGUCAAGUUGUAA